CGCUGAGCUGAAGCCAGUUACCAUGAGGGCAGCAACGUCUCGAGUCAAGCAGCUUAUCUUACUGCUCAUCGUCUGUGGGACACUGGGCAACAGCCACGCCUACGAAGUGCCACCGGUGACUAUCAAGGUGAAUAGUCCAAAGGGAUUUGAGGUCUCCAUACCCGAUGGACCGGGAAUUUCGCUGUUCGCCUUCCACGGCAAACUCAAUGAGAAAAUGGAAGGUCUGAGUGAUCAGACCUGGCCUACCACUGUAAUCACGCCGCGUAAUGGACGCUGGACUUAUAUUAAUCGGCUGCAAAAGCUCCAGCCAGGCGAUGUGAUCUACUACUGGGUGACUGUCCGAUACGAUGGCCUGGACUAUCAUGCUUAUAACCAGAGCUUCCAGGUAGGCCCAAGCGAUGACAGAAGCCAAAUAACGACAAUUAAUUUGCCCCCAAAAAAUGGAACCCAAUCAGAAAUCAUUAUCAAUGUGAAUCGAAAUAUACAUAUUUAUGUUUGA